CUUCCCACUUCCCAUUCCAAUGCCCGCUUCCUACCUCUCCCUCCCCACCCGCCCAAAGGGGCCACUCUCCUUCUCUGUUUUUUCUGUCUCUCUCUCUCUCUCUCUCUCUCUCUCUCUCUCUCUCUCUCUCUCUCUCUUUCUUGUUCUCUGUUUGGGAAUCUGUUUCUCUGCAGCUACAUACAAACUAAGCAUUAAGCAACACCCCUUCCUAAGAGCAUAGGGAAAGGUUCAAGAAAACAGUGGGCAAACACUCCCUCCCUCUUUGCUCAUGCAUUAUUUCUUCACCUAUUAACUCCUUCAUUCAUUUGCCUUGCUUAAAUUACUGAUUGGAUGUGAAGUGGCCAUUAUAUUUUUCACUCUCAAUGGCUGCCUGAAAAGAAUGCCGGUUUAGCAAUGCUUUGCACUGCAAAUGAUUUAUUGGGUUGGAAGGAUUUUCCCAAGGGGCUUAGUGUUCUCCUCCUUGAUGAGGACAGCAAUUCUGCUGCUAAGAUGAAAACGAAACUCGAGGAAAUGGACUAUAUAGUUUCAACGUUCCAAAACGAGAACGAAGCUCUGUUAGCAAUCGCAAGCAAAUCGGUGGAAUUUCACGUUGCUAUUGUGGAGGUUAAUAUUAGCAACAGCAAUGAGGUAUUUAAAUUUCUGGAAAUCGUUAAAGAUUUGCCCACAAUACUGGUGUCGAAUGUCUACUGCCUUAACACCAUGAUGAAGUGCAUAGCGCUCGGUGCGGUUGAGUUUCUUCAGAAACCGCUAUCAGAUGACAAACUACGAAAUAUUUGGCAGCAUGUUGUUCACAAGGCAUUCAAUGCAGGAGGAAAGGAUGUCGAAUCGCUUAAACCCGUCAAAGAAUCUUUAGUUUCAAUGUUGCAGCUACGAUCAACGAAGAACGAAGAAGCAAAUACAGUGAACUCCGACGAAACUGAACAAUCAACGUCGGUCCAGGAAAACAACCGGGACACGUUAUCAGUAUGUGAUAAAUACCCGGCUCCUUCGACUCCACAACUGAAACAAUGUGGGAGGUCGCUUGACGAUGGUGAAUGUCACGAUCAAACUAACCUCUCAAUGGAACAGGAUAGUGUGGAGCACGAUGGAGAAUCUAAAUCUGUCGAAACUACUUAUUGCAAUUCUGUUUCUGAAACUAUUCCCGCGAUUAAUCCACCCGUUAUCAAGCAGGAACGAGAAUCGAGCCCUGAACAGGCGGGGAAGAACGGUAAUUCUACUUGUUCGGAGAGUAAGGAUGUUCGUGCCAACGCCAACAGUGAGUGCCGUGAUCCUAAAAAACCGUCCGGUGUCAAUAGUUCAACCGGGACAAAAGCUAAUAAAAAGAAAGUAAAGGUAGACUGGACACCGGAACUACACAAGAAGUUUGUACAAGCGGUGGAACAACUUGGUCUCGAUCAAGCCAUUCCUUCACGAAUUCUCGAAAUGAUGAAAGUUGAAGGUUUGACGAGGCACAACAUAGCCAGCCAUCUUCAGAAGUACAGAAUGCACCGCAGGCAAAUAUUACCAAAAGAAGACGAAUGGAGAUGGCCUUUAUCGAGAGAUUCAACACAAAGGAGUUGUUAUCCACGUAAACCCGUAAUGGCCAUCCCACAGUAUCAUUCUGCACCCCCCGUCGUCCCAGCUGGUCAGUUCUAUUCCGCCUGGGCGCAUCCAGGCAGCUAUCCCGGGGCCCAUGUGUGGGGCUCACCUUACCACUAUCCCGGAUGGCAGCCUACAGACGAUUGGAACUGGAAGUCCAACACAGGGGUUUAUGCCCAAGCAUGGGGCUGCCCCGUUAUGCCACCACCUCAGGGAUCAUAUCCAACAUAUCCUCAGAUAUUGCAGAACACCUCAGGGCAUCACAGAAGUGGUGGAGUGCAAGAUAGAUACAACAUGCUAGAAAAAACAUAUGAUUUUCAGCCAGCAGAAGAGUUGAUUGACAAAGUUGUGAAGGAGGCGAUAAACAAUCCAUGGCUGCCCCUUCCUUUGGGGCUAAAGCCUCCCUCCACUGACAGUGUCCUCAAUGAGCUUUCUAAACAAGGCAUCUCCACUAUCCCUCCACAAACCAACGGCUCAGAUUUGCGCUGACAUGGCUACAAAUUAAACUCCUGUGCCAAAAAUGCAAACUUGGGCAUGCAGCAUGCUCCAAACCCAGAAUCAAGAACUGGCCUGGAUCCAAAUCUGAUGAUCAGAGAGGAAUUGGAAGAUCCACCAUUCAAAAUUCUUGUAAAUAAACCAUCUUUUCGAGCCCCCUUUUAGCCCAAUUGGAAUGAAGAUGUAAUAAUGCUUUGGUUGAUCUUUGGGCAGAUCUGGGGAUGACAUUCAUCAAUAAAUAAAUAAAUAAAUAAUUUCUGAUCUGAUCUCAA